UCGAGUAAGAUUAUAACGCCAUCAUGAAACAAUUUACACGGUAUUUUAUCCUCUGGUAUGGACUUCUCGAAACAUACAUCUUUACUGGUUGCAUAUUUGGGUGGACGGCGCUUCACUACAUGCUGAGGCAAGAAGGUAUUUAUUCAACUGUUUGCAAAACAGAUGGCUUAACCUCUUUGAUGAAUGUUUCUUUAUGGAAUGCGUCACAUAGUGAAAACGAGUCGAGGUUUACAAGUUCAACUGAGAUUCCUACACAGAAAAUCAAUGUGGGUUAUACGACGUGUGAAGAACAAGAUCGCAUUCUUAACUUGGCGUAUACCAUCGGUAGCUUCUGCAUGGGGUCUACGUCUUUCAUCUGGGGAUUUCUGCUGGACAGAUGGGGACUCCGCAAUGUUCGUCUUAUAAUAAAUGGAUUGAUAACAAGCGGUUGCAUUCUUCUCUCAUUAACAAUAAAAGAAACGUCUUUCCUGCUGUUUCCUUCUUUAAUACUGGUGUGCUUAGCGGGUGUACCCUUACGUUUGGCUAACAUGCAGAUUGCGGACUUGUUUCCGGAAAAAAGAUCGACCAUUAUUACCUUAUAUAGUGGAGCAUUCAGCGCUUCUGCAUCUGUGUUUGUCUUCAUUAAGUACGGUUUUGACGCCGGUCUACCCUGGGAGUGGGCCUGCUUUCUAUUGGUAGUCCUCAGCGUCAUAAUGCUGCCUGUGACACUGUUUGUCUUGCCUGCGGAUAGGAUACGAGAAGAGAAGGGUGGUCUCUUCUCUGCGACAGAAAAAGAAGUGUCGUCCGUGGCUCCUUGUGUCUGGGGCACUUUCACGUACAUCCCAGAUGAUUACAUCUUCCACAAAUCGCCGCCUCCAGUCAGAUCAGAAAACAACAAUACAGUGAAAGAGAAAUCACCCAAAGAUGGAGAAGUUGAGAAGCAAGAAGAAAUACCACUUCGGAAUUCUCUGUUUUCGUGGUCCUUCUUCUUACACCAAUACUGGUUCUGUUGGUUACUUCUAUACACGAUUAUAUAUGUCGGAACUCUUCAUCUGUGGUCAGAAAGGACUACAACUGAUCGAAAUGAAGACUCUUUCUUUUCCGAAACCUACGGACUAUUUCAAGUAACGGGUAUCUUUCUAGCUCCCAUUGGAGGACUCUUUAUGGACUGGAGCAUCAGAAGAGUCACCAAAAACAAUGAAGAUCAGGAUGAAACUUUACUCAGAGUGAUCCGUUCUUGUUUCUGGCCGAUGUUUCUCACUACGAUACUUGAAGCUAUUGCUCAAAUCUGCAAAUUUUUUAACGUCAAGAUAGCAAUCUACGUGUCCAUUUUCGCCGUAACUUUCCUGAGAGCAUUUUUCCUUUCUAUCGGAACCGCAUAUCUUCGAAUAAGGUUUCCAGCAGAACAUUUCAAUAAGCUGCUAGGUAUCAUGAGUACUAUAUCUGCCGUUGUUAGUCUGCUUCAAUUCCCUCUCUUCUUGUGGGAAUCCUCAUCUCCUGCUAGUGUGCUGAGUGUUAAUAUCUUCGAUAGUGUUUGCUCAGCUGUGGCCUUUAUUCAUCCUUUGCUACUUGUUGUGAUACCCGUUCAGAAAUACUUCCUUAGAGAUAAAAUGAAGAAAACGACAGAUUCUAGUAGCUGAGAUAAACUGCACUAAGUAUGCGAAAUCUAAGACUGGCUUUCACUUGUAGGCAUAUUCUUGUCAGCAGCUAUUCAUAUAAUUUUUCUGAAAAUGGAUUUGCUAUUAAGAAGAACUGAGGAUACAUUUUAUUAUUUUCUACUUAAAUACUGAGACGCAGUGACGUCAUUAUACCGGGAACAUGGACCUUAUAAGAAAUAGACUAACCCAGUGGGCGGGGCGCGCGUCACCGACAUGUCGGCAAGAAAGAGUAGGGUUUACUUUAACAUUGAAAACCUAUGGCGUUUGUA